AAGCCCUUGCACUACGGGAGCCUCCUGGGCAGCAGAGCUUGUGCCCAGAUGGCAGCAGCUGCCUGGGGCAGUGGCUUUCUCAAUGCUGUCCUGCACACGGCCAACACAUUUUCCCUGCCCCUCUGCCAUGGCAAUGCUGUGGACCAGUUCUUCUGUGAAAUCCCCCAGAUCCUCAAGCUCUCCUGUUCAGAUUCUUAUCUCAGGGAAACUGGCAUCCUUGUGUUUAGUGUUUCUUUAUCAUUUGGUUGUUUUGUUUUCAUUGUGUUGUCCUAUGUGCAGAUCUUCAGGGCUGUGCUGAGGAUGCCCUCUUGUCAGGGCCGGCACAAAGCCUUUUCCACGUGCCUCCCUCACCUGGCCGUGGUCUUCCUCUUUCUUAGCACUUCCAUGUUUGCCUACUUGAAGCCCGCUUCUAUAUCUUCCCCAUCUCUGGACUUGGUGGUGUCACUUUUGUACUCAGUGGUACCUCCGGCAGUGAACCCCAUCAUUUACAGCAUGAGGAACCAGCAGCUCAAAGUUGCAGACCCUUCUGCUGUGGAGGUGCUGAUGGGCAAUGAGCAGCAGGUGCCAAUUGCUAACACAACAGUGCACCUGAGGCAAUAUUGCACUAACAGAGACUCCCUGAGUCCCAUCUAUGAGCUGGUUCAUCGACUGGAGAGCCACGGAGUGAUCAGCAAUACUUGCUCACCCUAUAAUAGUCCCAUAUGGACAGUGCAAAAUUCGAAUGGUGAGUGGAAGAUAACGGUGCACUUCUGUGGCUUGAAUGAAGUCCCACCACCACUGAGUGCUGCUGUGCCAGGCAUGCUAGAACUUCAUUCAGUAUGA